AUGAGCAGCCAAGGCCCUCUGACAACCUAUCUGCUAGGAAGCGCGCCAGACGGCCUGGCCCGAGCAACAAACCACCCCUUUCUAGCAGCGGCAGGCAGCGGCACCCUCCCAAAAUCAACCCUAAGCCAAUGGCUCUCCCAAGACCGGCUCUACGCCCAAUCCUACAUCCGCUUCAUAGGCCUCCUCCUCGCAAAAAUCCGCCUUCCCUCGCAAGCCCCGUCAAGCCCAAACCCACUGCACAACACCCCCGAACAAAAAGCAAUCACAGUCCUCAUCGACGCGCUCGUAAACAUCCGCACAGAACUCUCCUUCUUCGAAACGACCGCAAACGACUACGGUCUCGAUCUCACAGCAAUCUCGUCCGAGGAAGGUGGUGGUGGUGAGCGUACCUCCUGCGGCUCUGGUAGAUGCAUCACCACCUCAGCUGGAAUCUCAACUACAGGCUCAAGCGCCUGCCCGGGUUCCACUGGCGGCCGCGAUGGGAAAGCCCUCCUAGCCCGCGACCCCUCAAUCGACGAUUUCGGGCCUGGCUCUGGCUCCCAGGGCGUUGCUGCUACUGGUUCUGGCGCACAAACCGCCGACCAUGCACUCUGUCGUUCGCAGGGCGAGUGUCAAAUGCCAGCCGGGAGCGAGAUGUGCGUGCCGCAACCGCAAUUCGACACACAGUCUGUUCAGAAUUUGUCGCCGUUUGGCAAGGUUUUGACGACUUCGUCUGCUACGGCGGAUGGGACUGGAGCUGGGACUGGUGGACCUGGACCUGGACCUGCUCGCUCGCCUGAAGCGAUGGAUGUUGUUACCGAGCUUGAGCGGUGCGGGACUAUUUCUUUCAGCGCUAGUCGGACGACGAGGGCUUAUAUCGAUAUGUUUAUGAGUGCCGGUAGUGCGGGGGUUUCGGUUUUGGAGGGGUUGGCUGUGCUGUGGGCUACGGAGGUUUGUUACCUGCGAGCGUGGAAGUUUGCGGCUGGGUAUAUGAGGCAGAAUGUGAACGAGAAGCAGGAUUAUAAGGGUGAUGCGGAUGGGGGAGCGUUGAGGGAGAAGUUUAUUGCCAAUUGGUCGAGUGAUGAGUUUGAGGGGUUUGUUAAUUCUAUUGGGAAUGUUGUUGAUGAGAUGGCUGAGCAGCUUAAGGGGGCUGAGGAGUCUGAGUUGAUGCGUGCGAGGUGUUUGGAGUGGUGGAAGCAGAUUCUUUGGUUGGAGGAGAGGUUUUGGCCGAAUGUUGAGCCUUAUCAGUAG